GAAAAAGAUAGUAAUCGUGGCAAAGGCCCGUUUAGAGAACCACUGCUCGUGGUUUACUAAACGCACGAAGGAGUGUUUUGCGGUGCUUUUUCGUGGUGUUCUUCUCUGAAGGCAGAAGCGUUUAUCCAUCCGUUCGACUUGGAGAGGGAGUAUGAGGAAGAAGAAGAGUAGGAGAAGGAACCAUCAGUUUGCUGACAGAAAUCCUGGAGAUAGGGUGCUCGAAGAGGGCGGACGUUUAGUUUGGAGCAUGCGCCUACUGGACCAAUCGGAGCACCGCUCUUUAAACCGCGAUGAGUUCUUUCUCGAGAAGCGAAGGCGUGUUGUUACAAGCGCGUAUAGUGUAUCCCGGCCAAAUAUCCUUUUAGGCGAGAACAUUCAAACUUCCAAUCGAAGCAUCUCGCUUCUUAUUUCGACAACAUUGAAAUUUAACAGGAGUUAGGAUAAAACUUGAUCGAAUGUAUACUUAUACUUCAUUAGAUUCCUCGCUUUAUCGCUCGCGAUUAUGACAUUUGAACUAUUACAAAUUAUGGCAUUUGAACUGUCGAUAUGUAAACGUUCAAUUGUAAAGAAUACUCAUCUCGGAUAAUAAAUAUUCAAUGGGUUUCGGUUUUCGAGAAAAUUCGAGAAGAAUUCUGAUCGACGAUUUGAUUUUAAAAAAGUCGACAGUACGAUGCAAUCUCCGACGAUAAAUCAACAAUAGGUAUUACGAAUCUUUCGAGCAUUCCCCUCCAUUCCUGCGAAAUAACCAGAAGAAAUAGUGAAUAGUCGGAAAGAGAGGGAGGGGGGAAGAUCGAAGGCGCGAGACUUUCCUCCAACCUCCUAGGAGGAUGACCUUCCCUUGGGAAUGGAUGGUGGGGAUGUUGGGAGGUCCUUCUGGACCACGGACACGUGCCACCUGUCAUACAUUCGGAAGUACUCGCUUUCGGAAGACUGUAAAGAGGAGAUUAGUUGGAGAUUAGAUCUUGAUCCUUUGACGAACAUUAUACAUUUCACAAUCGUAAAAAAGAUAAAAAGUGAAUAGAAUAAAUAAAGAAUUGUACGGAUUUUGAACAUGAUAUUUCCAUAGGAAUUAUUCGAAUCCAAUCGGUCGUGCAGUAAUCGAUUGUAAGUGAGCUUUUCGAAGGAACAUUAACGUCGACAAUGAGAUGCGUUCGUUAGAUAUCUAGAGCCGAUGACUUUUGUCAAGAUGGAGUAUUGUCAGAGCCAGGAGAAGGCGUCGGACGGUGAUAUUUGCGAUCUACGAAGAGCGAGAUCGCAUCAGAAUGCCAACGAUGUUUGUUCUAUCGAGGAGGAGGCGAGGUACGAUCGCCGAGGAAGCGAGGACACCGAACGACGUGCAAAAUCACCGAGUAAUCAUCGAGAGACGAUGGAAUAUGCAUCCGAUUCGAGCAGUGAAAGCUACAGAGAAUAUCGAAGGCAACGUAUCACGGAGAGAAGGAACGUGUCGCCGGUCGCAACGUCGAGUGCAUUUACGAUCGACAAUAUUCUUGGAACGAGAAACGAGAAACGAGAAGAGGAAAGAGAUUUUUCUAAGGUUUGUUACGUCGAUAAGGAAGACGAACAGGAUGAAAAGGACGAGAAAAUCAUCGAGGGACAAUUUGUGAGACCGACGGCUAUUCCUGCCGCCCAUCCGAACGUGAGUGGUAUGUUGUACGCGCACACGGCUAUUCCUUACACCGAUGGGACCCUCUCGGAUCCUUCGAGUUACUCGACGACCUCGUUGGCAUCAGCAUCCCUCUUGUACAGCAGCUGGUUCGCACAGUCGAAGCCUGGUCAACUUUUUGGUCUUCAAGCACCAAAACCGAAUGGCAGGCGUUCGAGAAAACCAGGAAUCGAUAGAAAACCGCGACAAGCAUAUAGCGCUAAACAAUUGGAAAGACUCGAAGCGGAGUUCAAGAUCGACAAGUAUCUCAGUGUGAGCAAACGAAUGGAACUUUCGAAAUCUCUGAAUUUGACGGAGGUUCAAAUCAAAACGUGGUUCCAAAAUCGACGUACCAAGUGGAAGAAACAACUGACGUCCCGACUGAAGAUAGCACAGAGACAAGGACUCUUACCGCCAACUUAUUUUCCACCAAACCAUUACCCUUUGUUACCCUACUAUGCCGCACCCUUGAUGUUCGGGAAUCCUUCGUUAGAUGAAGCUAGCAGCAACGUCACGACAACGAUACAGCCGCGUCCUGUCCUACCAUCAUCCGAUACAGUCUGAGAACUCAUCGACUCUUUCGAAAAUCUUUCAAUGUUUUCUUCCUUUUUAUUUUCAUUGUUAAUGUCUUUUUUCUUCUAUUUCAAAUCGUUGCUCUUUAAAGCCAUCGUCUCACCGCAAAUCCUCUAUCUUUGUGAUCAGGAUCUAAUAGUUAAGAUAUUAAAUAAUUAGAU